UAAAGAAGGAAUCAAUAGAAGCGAUGAAGCUCCUGCUGAUUGCCGUCGUUAUUUCUAUUCACACAACAGGAUUCUUGACAACAGCAAAAGCGGGAUGUGAACCCCUGUACAAUGGUGGUUCUGGAGGUCGUGGAGGAAACGUUCAACCCAAAUGGUCUUUCAAUCCACGCACCAAUCACUGUGUACCAGUUAUGGUGAGAUCUGGCUGUCCUCGUUCAUUGAACUGCUUUCACACUGAGGCCGACUGUAAUGAGGAUUGCGAUCCAGAGACGCAGUUGUUCAAGGAAAUCCUUCAAGGUUGAUAAGAGGAGGGCGUUUAUGUAGUUCGGUCAAACGAGCAGAUUU